AUGGUUAUCGCGGCCCAGGCACGGUCUGCCAGGCAUCUCACACCUUCGAUAGAAUUCUCGUCACCGUUCAUUUAUGCUCAAACAUUACUGUCUCUCUGUGACGAAGAAUCGCCAGAGGAGUCACCUAUCGAAGGUGUGAGAUGCCUGGCAGACCGUGCCUGGGCCGCGAUAACCAUUCCAGCUAUAGAAUAUCGCCUGCUCUAUAAGAGGGCGGACACAUUAGCUGAGGAGAAGGACCGCGGUACUAUAAGAAGUAAAUUUUCUCGUGGAUUGCGAUCAUUUGCUCUCGAUAGCAAACCUGAGCACACUCUCUUCAUAAACAUCCAAACAUGUAUCGUACCAUUCGCAAAUCCUGUUUGCAAAGCAGGUGCAAUCGAUAGGCACCAAAAUCCUUCUGAUCGCAAUGUUUGUUUCCUUGACUUAAAGGCAGGGUAUUACGAUUUCUUGGCGGAAUCCACGGCGAAAGUGUAG